GCAACUUGGCCACAGAACGGGGAGGGAACGGGAACUCCUUCACUGGCUGCCUCCCAUCUGCGUGCCCGGCUCUGAGCUGGGCUACGGACUCCAUUCAUCUAUUUAGUCCACAAGUUUUCGUGGAGCACCUACCAUGUGCCUGGCACUGCCCGAGGCCCAGGGGGUAGAGCAGUGAAGAAAACAAAAUCCUGGCCCCCUUGGAUCGUAGCGGGUCAAAGCGGAGACGGACAGUAAACAAAACAAAUAAACGGUGUCCUCCUGAGAGGGUAGUAAGUGCUCUGGGGAAAACCAAAGCCAGGCAGAGAGACGGUGAGUUUGGAGGAGUGAAAUUUUAAAUGAAGUCGGGGAAGGCCUCCACUGAGAAGGCGAGCUUUGGGCAGAUCCUGGAAGGAGGCGAGGGAGUGAGCCAGGCACGUUCCUGGAGGAAGGACAUUCCAGGCAGAGGAAGCAGCAGCUGCAGAAGCCAGGAGGUGCGAGUGUGCCUGGUGUGUUCCGAGAACAGCUGGGACCAGAGCGUCCGGACCCACACAGGGCCGACCACGCCGUCGUGUGACGAUGGACGCCGCCUCCUGUCUCAGACGACCGUCCCCGCGGGUGGCCAGCGAGAGCGUGAGGAUGGCCUCGAAUUUCCGGUGGUUCUUACCAGCACUCACUCUGCUCUGUUUGCUGAGCCGAGCGAGCAGCCAGAGGAGGGGGGCUCCUCGCGACCUGAAGUGCACAACCAACAACCUGCGCGCAUGGGACUGCUCGUGGAAGGCGCCGUCCGGAGCGGGCCGCGGCGCUCUGUACGAAGUCUGCAUCGACAACAGGUCCCCUCCAUGUUACCGAUCGGGGAAAACAAACACUAAAAUCCCGACUCUUCUGCCUGGCAAUCACGAAAUAACGAUAAACCCGCUGCAUGAAUCUGGAAGCUCUCUAAGUAGAUUCACACUCAAUGAAAAAGAUGUCUCCUUCGUUCCAGACCCUCCAGAGAUCUUAGAUCUGUCUGCCGACUUCCCAGCCUCCACCUUACACCUGAAGUGGAGUGACAGGGGUUCUCUUUUCCCACACCACUCCCGGGUCAUCUGGGAGAUUAAAGUUCUACGUAAAGACAGCAUGGAGGUCGUGAAAGUUGUGACCCACAACACGACUCUGAACGGCGCGGACACCGUCCACCACUGGAGCUGGGCCUCCGACAUGCCCUUGGAGUGCGCCACGCACUCCGUGGGCCUGCGCUGCUACGUCGACGACCCUCACUUCUCUGGCCGCAAAGAGUGGAGCGACUGGAGCCCCCUGAAGAACGUCUCUUGGUCCACCGAUUCUCCGGGCAAGGUUUUUCCUCAAGACAAGGUGAUACUUGUGGGCUCAGAUAUAACCUUUUGCUGUGUGACUCAAGAAAAAGUGUCGUCGGCCCAGAUCGGCUAUGCGAAGUGCCCCCUUAUCCAUCUCGAUGGGGAGAACGUGGCGAUCAGGAUCCACAACAUCUCCGUUUCUGAAGACAGCGGGACAAAUGUGGUGUUCACAACCAAGGAAAACAUUUACGGAACAGUUAUUUUUGCAGGAUAUCCACCCGAUAUUCCCCAAAAGCUGAACUGCGAGACGAACGAUUUAAAGGAGAUUAUAUGCACCUGGGACCCAGGCAGACCGACGGCCCUGGUGGGCCCGCGCAACACCAGUUACACUUUGUCCGAAAGUUUCUCAGGAAAAUACGUCAAGUUUAAAAGAGCUGAAGGGCCCAUAAAUGAAAGCUACCAGUUGUCCUUUCAAGUCCUGCCCAGUCAAGAACUGUAUGACUUCACCCUGACCGCUCACAACCCUCUGGGCCAGUCGCAAGCGCGGACUCUGGUGAACGCGACCGAAAGAGUGCAUCCCCGCACUCCUACUUCAAUCAAAGUGAAAGACAUCAACGCGACGGCCGUUACGCUCUCCUGGCAUUUACCGGGCAACUUUGCAAAGAUUAAGCUGCUGUGCCAGGUUGAAAUCAACAAGAUGAAUUCAGUGCAAGAAUUGUGGAACGUCACCAUCGCAGGGGCGGACGGCUCGCGUUACCUCGCGGCCGUGGGCCGGCUGCACCCGUACACCGUGUACGCCUUCCGGGUGCGCUGUGCCGCCGAGCCUUUCUGGAAGUGGAGCCUCUGGAGCGACGAGAAACAGUAUCUGACCACGGAAGCCAUUCCCUCCAAGGGACCAGACACGUGGAGGGAGUGGCGCUCCGACGGGAAAAACCUAAUCAUAUAUUGGAAGCCCCUGCCCGUCAGCGAGGCGAACGGGAAGAUCCUCUUCUACAACGUGUCCUGCUCGUCGGACGAGAAGACCCAGUCCCUCUCGGAGAUCCCCGACCCCCAGCACAGAGCAGAGAUGCAGCUCGACAGAAACGACUACAUCAUCAGCGUGGUGGCGAAAAACUCCGCCGGCUCCUCCCCGCCGUCCAAAAUAGCGAGCAUGGAGAUUCCCAACGACGACCUCAGAACGGAGCAGGCCGUCGGGACGGGAAGAGGGAUCCUGCUCGCGUGGGGCCACGACCCCAAUGCCACCUGCGACUACGUGGUGAAGUGGUGCGACGCCUCGCAGGCAGAGCCCUGCCUCAUGGACUGGAGGAAGGUCCCCGCCAACAGCACCGAGGCCGUCAUCGAGUCCGAUCAGUUUCGACCGGGUGUGAGAUACCACUUCUUCCUGUACGGGUGCAGAAAUCAAGGAUAUCAACUGUUACGUUCUGUGAUCGGAUACAUAGAGGAACUGGCUCCGAUCGUCGCUCCAAAUUUUACCGUGGAGGACACCUCUGCCGACUCGAUCUUGGUGAAAUGGGAAGACAUCCCUGUGGAGGAGCUCAGGGGCUUCUUGAGAGGCUACUUGUUUUACUUUGAAAAAGGAGAGAGAGACACGUCGAAGAUGCGGGGUUUGGAAUCAGGCCGUCCCGACGUGAAAGUUAAGAACAUCACCGACACCUCCCAGAAGACCCUGAGAAUCGCUGACCUUCAGGGCCGGACGAGCUACCACCUGGUCCUGCGUGCCUACACGAACGGGGGCCUGGGCCCGGGGAAGAGCAUGUUCGUGGUGACGAAGGAGAACUCCGUGGGGCUCAUCAUCGCCAUCCUCAUCCCCGUGGCAGUGGCUGUCCUGGUCGGCGUGGUGACCAGCAUCCUUUGUUACCGCAAACGGGAAUGGAUAAAAGAAACCUUCUACCCUGAUAUUCCAAACCCAGAAAAUUGUAAAGCAUUACAGUUUCAGAAGGGUGUCUGUGAGGGAAACAGCGCUCUUAAGACCUUGGAAAUGAACCCUUGCACCCCAAACAACGUGGAGGUGCUGGAGACGCGCGCGGCGGUUCCUAAGAUAGAAGACACGGAGAUCGUCUCUCCCGUGGCCGAGCGCCCAGAGGAGAGCCCCGAGGCGGACCCCGAGGGCCAGGUGGUGGUGUCCUACUGCCCGCCCGUCGUCGAGGAGGAGGUGCCGAACCCCGGGGCGGACGAAGGCGGGGGCGCGUCCCAGGUCAUCUACAUCGACGUGCAGUCCAUGUACCAGCCCCAGGCAAGGCCGGAGGAAGAGCUGGAGACCGACCCCGCGGCAGCGGCGGCCGCCGGCUACAAGCCCCAGAUGCACCUGCCCGUCACGCCGGCCGCGGAGGACGCGGCCGCGGAGGACGGCGCGGACAAGACCGCGGGCUACCGGCCGCAGGCCAGCGUGCGCGCGUGGAACCUGGCGUCCCCAGACUCGCCCCGGUCCACGGACAGCAACAGCGAGGCCGUGUCCUUCGGCAGCCCGUGCUCCAUCAACUCCCGGCAGUUCCUGAUCCCCCCGAGGGACGAGGACUCUCCGAAGUCCGGCGGGGGCGGGUGGUCCUUCACAAACUUCUUUCAGAACAAGCCCAACGAUUAACGGCGUCCCUCCCCGUCUGCCGUCUCAGUUAGCUGUCGUUGCCGCGGCCGGCGGCCCUGCCGCGUGGGCGGGCGCCGGGCGUCCUGGGGGGCGGGGGGCGGGGUCCUGCGACACGUGGUCGGUGCGGUGGACUCCACCCCACCGUGUGCAGGCGACGCCGAGGGUGUUCCCGUGCUUUGCCGCGUGGCCCAGAAGCCGAACCACGGUGACGCAGACACCAGUCCACGCAACUCAAGACUUGGAGCUUUCUGUCAUUCGAGCCAAAGAAGUCCCACGUCCUCCGCCUCCGAGAAGCACUUCGGGCCCUGACACACCGUCUGGCCCUGACACCGUCUGGCCCACGCGUGCAGAUGCGCGGAUUUGCAGCCGCCGCGUCCCGUUCCGUGGGCGUGGUUUUCUCCCGUGCGCGCACUUCGCCAGCGGAUCGGCAGGCGAGGGCGAGAAGCGUGGGCGCGCAGGGGCCGGCGCGGGUCCGCCUGACAUCGCUCCUCUGCGGACGAAAACCAAGCACAGAUGUGAAACCUUGUAGCGUCCUUCUCCUCUCCCCGCAGCAUUGGCAACAAGUGAUGCGGUGUUUGGUGUAGCGACAGCUCCUUGCGGUUCUGUUCGCUGGCGUGCGCCGACUUCUGUGCCUACUGUACAGUGGCGGUCAGGCGGUCCGUCUUCUCAGGGGUACAAACUCGGAACACGAGCGCGGCUCUGGGCAGCCCCCCCCUCCCCCAAUCGCGCUGUCCGCCCUCGGUCGGCCCUCCCAGACCUCGCCGUUCGUUUUGUGACUCCCGCGCGCGCUUCCCGGAUCGCAGGUGACUGCCCUAAUAGUUCAAACUUAAAUUCCUGAGACUACAGAGCUAGGGUGUUGCUUUUUUUUUUUUUUUUUUAAUUUGGGUCUUUUGUUGUCGUUGUUCCACAGUGUCAGCUACAUAAACAUGUGAGCAAAACCAAUAUCACUCAUAAACAUUCAGUUCUAGCGACUUACCAUUUGAGACGACUAAGCAAUAUCGGGCGGCCUCCGCUGUCUGCUGUCUGCGUAGUUCUGACUGGCUUCCCUUCCUCCUGGGACGACCAGCCCCGGAGCCGGGUCCCCUGGGCGGGGGCUGGGACGCCUCCUGGCAGGUGUCCCUCCUGGACUGUGCCUCUCGGCUGCUCCUCUCUCUCACAUGAUCAUCAGUCCAGACGAUUCGGUCCAGACCUCAGCUAUUUUUUUUUUUUAAAUAUAAACUAGAAAGAAAAAUGCUUCUCAAGGGCUAUUUUGCAUGAGAUGUCAGAGAGCCCCCCCCCAUUCAAGUGGACGGGCAGACUGUCCAGAGCUGGGCAUCUUCCCAGCAUCCUCGGCGGCCCUUGGUGUUGGCCAGGGAUGUCUGGACGGGUCGUGGUCCUUAGAAAGGCAGACGGAGAGCUACAGAGUGUGUCUGACAGUGUGCCUGCCCUCAGGUCAUCUACGCGUUCUGUCUCUGGAUACUUAAGGGAAGAGUCCUUACAAUUCUGAAAUAGCUGAGUAAGUCUAGAUAUGCCUGUUCUUUCUCUUUUCCUUUUUAAAUUACCCGAGGUUCUCUAAUGUAUCUCUACGUAACGGAUCAGUUCCCCUCCCCGCACUUGACAAUGUGUCUGUCUUUAUAAAAACCAUGUCGUGGAAAAAAGCCACAGGGUGACAAAGGACAAAGUCUGUGUAGGUACUCUGUUACGAAUCCUGAAUUUUCACUGCUAGGAGUCAGCUAAAUUCCUGAGCUUCGUGACAUAAAAUAGAAUUAAUUACCUACCCACACAGCGUAUUAAAACCACGUCAUAGCUCAUAGAGAUUUUCAACAAUGAAACAGGCAUCAAACCAGAGCCCCCCCCCACCCCACAACGGAGUUCGCUCCCCCAUCUUACCUCUUCCCUUGGGCUCCUUCCCGUGGCUGUCACCACCGGAGACCCCGAGACCUGGGGCUGCCUCCUGUCCCUGUUGAAGCUGGUCAUCAGGAUGCCUCUUGUCCCCAGCUCGUGCCUCAGGCGCCACUGAAACAAAUAGGUCCGUCUCUCAAAGGCAGGUUGAGAGCUGGCGAAGGUGGGAGUUCCUGGGUCCGAGCGCCACUGAACUGCGGUCAUGGGAAAGACCGGAGGUGACUGCGCGGUCUCUGCCCUCGGCGUUGGCGCGUUCCGCCGUGACCGUCUGCAUCCAGCGCCCUUCUGCGUAAUGGUCCAUCUGUCUGGCUCACGGUGACCUCCCUUCGGCCCUGGAGCCCUUCCUCCCUGCCCAAGAAUUACGCCCACUGCAUGUGUUGCGCAGUGUUACAAACAGAACACAUUUUCACGCCUCUCACGGCCAGCGCCACGUCAGGCCUCCCUUGUGAGGAGGGCAGGUCCUGGCGGCCCCUCCACCUGUUUCUCUCGUGAGUGGCCCUCCGAAACAGACACUGCCGGGUACGCAAAUAUCGGAGAAGACUCGGGUAGGCUUCUGACACCAGGUAGACCCUUUAUGUUAUGUGUUGCAUGGUGUGGGCCCGUGUACGACCAGAGCCUUCGGUGCGUGGAGCCUGGGUUUGAGGCUGCAGCCCUGAGGCCUGGGCAGCAGAGCCAGGUGUGUCUCGGGGCUCGGGGUGGAGGAGCUCUGUUCCUGCAGCUCUGGCCCAGAAGCAGCCGUUCACGGGCAAGUCCCAGGGCGGGAGCACCAGCCUCGCAGUCCCGCCAGCCUCGCCGUCACGGCGCGUGGAUUUGAGGAGUGGCACUGAGAACGGCGCGUCCUAAACACCGUGGCCAAAGUCACAUUCUCAGCCCUUCCGUGCACCUUGUGUUCUUGUGGGUGAUGAGUCCCACAGCUUCUUAGUCGUCUUCAUACCACCCGCACGUAAAGGGCGUUGCUGUCCUUUCUGGAUUCGAACGGAUGUAGUGUGUAGUCAAGGGGACCGAGGCCUACUUUCUCCCAGAAGAAAUGUGAAGUCGAUCUUAGGGUGUUUCGGAAUUCAAGGACUCCCUAACAUGUCCAUAUGCAGGAAAGGUUUAUCUCAAAAUCUUCUGGUGCUCCAGCACAUAAUCUGAGAAGGCUUUUUGCUUGUUUCUUUAAUGCAGUUUUUGCUGUUUUCUGUUAAAAUCUGUGUAUCCUUGAUGAAAUCUUUUUUAGUUUGGAAGGGUAAAAUUGGGCAUCUCAAGACUAACGUGGGGUCAUCGGCUGAUUCCAAAGCUUAGGCACAUGGUGCAGGUUCCAUGCGUAGUUUUUUGUCGGCUGAGCCGUGUCCAGACGGUACGCAGGGCAGCAUAUGGUGGGGGGCGGCGUUUGGGGGGUGUGAUUUGAUCGAGAAUACAUCCGAAUCUGUGUAAUUGCUGCAUUACGUCAGGGUUAUUUGUAACCACAAGUCGUGCUUGUUCGUCCCUCCCUUAAGAAUGUUAAUAUUUUGGAUUACAAGUGUCCUGGUUACACAGUUUACCUAUGCAAGACACAUGCUAACUGCGCAACACUUUCAUGAAAAUCCAAAGUAGAAUUUUGAGAAGAAAACCCUCUCUGGAUGUUUUUGUGUGUAAGUGCCUAGCUGAAGAACCAUAGAAACAAAAAAUUCAGAACCUCUUAAGUGAUGACCGAUUAAAUGUUAACCAGAUACAAACAAGCAGCGAUUUACAUUACUUUUUGGUUGCAGUAACUCGCCCCCAAAACUAAGAGAUGUGAAUGGGUAAAAAAUUAAUAAUCUAAUUAAAAAGGAAGUUGAUUAUGUGAUAUUUGCAUAUCUCUGCCAAGAUUGCCUUUGCGGUAGCCAGUCAGAACUUCUAAAAAUAAAGCGAUAGCAGCGUAGACCCCAUGCAGCACUUAAGCCAGAAAUACUCUGUGCCUCUGAUUGGAUGGCUCACUGAGGAGUAUUGAGUCCCCUGAUACACACUGAAAAUGUGCUUCCCUCUAGAGUUAUUCCACUUCAAAUGAGUAACUUUCAAUUUCUGAACUUACUGUUUUCUCUAAGCAUUCCUGUGGCGUAUCAUAAAACAUCAGAAGAUCUCCUGGUGGUAACACCGUUAUUACUAAAACAUGGGCAAGUUAGCUGUUGGGUUUGACGUUGGUGUUUUUGCAUUUUGAUCAAAAAAAAACCAAUACCGAACAAUCAUUUUCAUGUAUUUUUUUCAAAUAUUGUGCCCCCCCAUUUGAUUCCAAAUACUUUUCUCCCCAUUAUUUAUGAUAUAUACUCCCAUUUCAUUUUUGUCUUCCAACACCAUGUUUAGGGAAAGUGUGGACACGGCCUUUAAAAACAAACAAAAAAAACAUUUCAGUUCAGUAUUGCUUGAAAAGCCCGGCCUGGAAAGAAAGACAUCCUGAAGUUGAGAUGGUGCCGCCUGAAGGAAGUAUGUCCAUAGGUCAGAUCAUUUUGAAAUAACAUAACUUUUUUUUAGUAGGAAUGUUAUUACUUUUUAGCUGGCCAUAAGUUCUUCCAAUGCUAGGAAAUCACAUUUUUACUUUCAAAAUCGCAUUAUAGUGAAUUCCUGUUUACAAAAUACACAUACUGUGAACAGAUACAAGUUUUUGUUUUUUUAUGAGGUUGUCUGUAGAAUGUUUUUUUUUUUCAAAAGGGAUGGUAUAUGUUGAAUACUUUCAAUUUUUUUUAAUAAAUACUAGCAACUGUUUACUAGUGUUUUUGUUUGGUCAGGCGUGUGCAAAUGUAGCUGAAAGACAGGGAGAAACUGCAGACCUAAAACUGCCCCCUUUCUCAUUUCUUGCAACAUUACCACUGCAGACCUCGGGUUUGACCCGAGUGAUCAGUCGUGAUGUUCUGUAUCUAAAGAUCAUGCUUAGUCAUAUAAGGAAACAUUUAAACACAUAUAUAGGAAGCAAACCAUAAUAGGUUGUAGAGUAUUUGUGUGAUUCAGUCUGAUUCGCAGAAAUCUGAGUUUAAUAUAUGGAAUAAAACAACUCAAUUUACACAGAUGACAAGUAUUUUCUGCCUGGUGAAAAUUUGGAGAGUAUGUUGCAUUCGAAUGGAAAAUUUGGUCAUUUUAUAUCAUUGUAUAAUUUCAGACUUUAAUUUCAGUAUCUUUUGAAAAACAUGUUUAUAGCGAGAACAUAGAAUAUAAGUAACCUAUCACUAAGAGACCUUAAAUGUAAAACUAGUAUGCUUGGCUGUUAACUCCUAAAGAUGUUACUUAUGUCUGUUUUUAAAACAUGCAUGUAUUUAACAGUUUUAUCGUAGUAUUGUCAUGGAAAAAAAUAAAUAUAUUUUCUUACAACUUACACUGAUAAA